AUGUCGUUGACAUAUCAAGGGAAUCCGUUUGACCCCCAGGCACUAAGCUCUGGAAUAUCAUCGAGAGUGGCGAAAGAUCCCGAUAGUUCCAUUCUUGUCACGAGUAUUCCUCAAGAGCGGUCAGCAAAAAGAAAUGCGCAACAGAUUAACUACGCGGAGUUUGACAAUAUUAAUGAUGAUUUUGAAUAUGAUGAAGAGAAGAACGGUGUCAAUAACUCCAUUCCAAUUGCAAGUACUCACGUCAUAACUUCCGUACCUAAACAUUUAUUGAAGCCUGCGAAAUUAACGAGACCAGCCAGCUUCCAAGAGGAUACAAAGCCUCAAGUGCCCAACCGCCAAAGUUCAGAGAGACUCAUUCCAAUAAAGCUUAACAUCGAGUAUAACUCAGGGACUUCCAAGCUAGUGGAUUUUUUUAUGUGGAAUGUCGAAGAAAGUCUCAUCUCGCCGGAUCAGUUUGCCACGCUUCUUACGGCAGACCUAGACUUACCUAACCAUGUUAACCAGGAGAUUGUUGAUUCCAUCAAUAAGCAAAUCGAAGAAUAUCAUACGAUUUCACAAACACCGCUACCUAUGGCGGCCGAGUACUUCGUUAUAAUUGAAUUAUCCGUGAAUCUUGACAAAAAGCUAUAUGAAGAUAAAUUUGAAUGGGACUUACAGCAAACCGAUAUAACACCAGAAGAGUUCGCUGAAACAGUGGUCGCUGAUAUUGGGCUCUCACUCGAGUUUAAGCCCGCCAUUGCUCAUGCUCUACAUGAUACGGUUUUAAGACUCAAACGCGAGAUUCUCGAAGGUACGUAUAACAAUGAGUUGAAUAAGUAUCAGCAGCUUUCGGGUCUCAUUUUUGAACGCAGUAUCAGGAUUCGAACUGAUAGUAGUUUGCAUAACGGAAACGCGGUAUGGGAGCCGUUCAUUGAAAUCCUAAGUCCAUGGGAAAUUGAGAAACGUGAGAUCGAAAGAGAGCGUAACACAAGGCGUCUUAAACGUGAGAACAUGAGGAGGGAAGUUGAUGACCUAAGCGGCAGCAAACGGCGGGCCACAGGGAGAAGAAGAGACGAAGCGGAGUGGAGAUUUUAG